AUGCCUAAUGAGAAAAAGUUUAGUAAUGUAUCACUAAAAAGUCAAUGUGUUGGUACUGGAAUGAUUGCAAUCUAUCUGGUGAUUGAGGAAGAACUUGCCAAUUUGAGAAUGAAUAAUAAAGAUAAUAAUAUAGAAAACUCUUCUUUUUAUAUUCUUUACCUUUUGAAAGAAGAAAAUAAUGCUUGA